AGAAUGAACGGUUAAUUUAAUCCCAAUGGUGUUAGCUUGAAGAAGAAGGUGCGUAAAUUAAAGGGAAUCUUCUUUCUUUCUUUCUUUCUUUUCUGCAAAAUUAGAGAGAAGAGAAACCCCCAUCGAUGCGAUUCGAUUCAUAGAGAUGUCGAAGAUGAAGCAUCUUUUGCGUAAGCUCCACAUCGGAACUGGAGGAGGAGGAGGAGGUUUCAAUGAUCAUCAUAAUCAUCAUCACCGUUUAGAUCCUUCUCCGCCGCCACAUACUGAAUCAACUUCCUCUUCUUCUCCGCCUCCAUCCGCCGCCACUUCAUCCGCCGAUUCAUCUACUUCGUCAUCAUCGAUGGCGGCUGUCCAACAAGGAACGAGGACUGUGGAGUCCACGGAGGAAUCUACGGAUUUCAGUUUCUUCGAGGAAGAAUUCCAAAUGCAACUUGCUCUUGCGAUGAGUGUGUCCGAUCCAGAUUCACGUGAAGAUCCUGAUGCUCUUCAGAUGAAUGCUGCUAAGCAGAUGAGCUUGGCUUGUUCACCUUCUGAAACCCUCAUUGACUCUCUUUCUCUUCGGUAUUGGAAUUAUAAUUUCGUGAACUAUGAUGAGAAAGUGAUGGAUGGGUUUUAUGAUGUAUAUAGAAUUGGUUCAUCCCCGGGAUCUCACAAGAAGAUCCCCAUGUUAUUCGAUCUACAAGCAAUAUCUGCUUCUGAUAAUGUUGAUUAUGAAGUUACUUUAGUGAACAGAACAGUUGAUCCUUUCCUGCAUCAGCUCGAGGAAAGAGCUAAUCAAAUUUAUAUGGAAUGUGAAAUGCUUGGUCAGGCUCCAUUUCUAGAUGGCUUAAUCCAGAAGAUAGCUGAUCUUGUUGUUGAUAGGAUGGGGGGUCCUGUUAGUGAUGCUGAUGUGAUGUUGAAGAAGUGGACUUUUAGGAGUUCAGAGUUACAUAAUUCUCUCAACAGUAUCGUCAUUCCCCUUGGUUUCAUCGAUGUUGGGCUUUCACGUCACCGGGCCUUGCUUUUUAAGGUGCUUGCAGAUAGAAUCAACCUGCCUUGCUUGCUGGUAAAAGGCAGUAAUUUUACUGGGACCGAUGAGGGAGCUGUAAAUCUGAUUAAAUUCAGUGAUGGCAGUGAAUACAUUAUUGACCUUAUGGGUGCUCCAGGCAUAUUAGUUCCUGCAGAAGUACCGAGCACUCAGCUUCAAACUUCAGGGUCAUACAUCAGUCAUGUUCCAGAGUAUCGUACUAGUGUUCCAGAAUUAUCUUUACCAAUUAAAGAAAGUGGGGCCUUGGUUGUUUCCACAAAUUCUACGACAGGAGCCACCUCACUAGAAGAGUCCCUGUUGAAUUUGCUGCCACAAAGCAAUGGAGUGGCAAAUAUCAACCAACAAAAUGAAGAAGAGAGAUUUGAGUGUGAGUUUGGCAGGCUUAGUCCAUUACCAUGCAGGUGGUCUAAAGGAGGCCCUACCCCAUUUGGGAGUACAUCAGAUUCUGAUGCUCAAAAGAUGAAAGUUAGUGAUGUUUCCAGAUAUGUCAUUAGUGCAGCAAAAGAUCCAGAAUUUGCUCAGAAACUUCAUGCUGUUUUGUUGGAAAGUGGCGCGUCACCUCCUCCAGAUUUAUUUUCGAACAUUGAUUCGCAAAAUAUGCAAGUAGAAAUACAUGGAGAUUUAUCCUACUAUGCAUCUACAUCCGAUAACUGUUUGCCUUGUGAAAGAUCUCUUGUUAAUUGUGGAAUUGGUGAAGCAAGCAAAACUGAUGACAAAGUGGGUACGAAUGAUGAUGAUAAGGCAAAAUAUGAUGAAGAUAAUAGAGGGAAGUUUCUCAACAAAAAUGGACACACCAAAGAAUCUUCUUUCCCGUUGUUAGAAGUGACCACCAACGAACUUGUUACUGCUCGUAGUGCUGUGGCUGAAAGAAUAAGCCCGGUGGGUGAAGUUGAGGGAUGGGAGAUUUCAUGGGAAGAACUUCAGAUUGGAGAACGUGUUGGUAUUGGUUCAUAUGGGGAAGUCUAUCUUUCCGAAUUGAAUGGCACUGAAGUUGCUGUGAAGAAGUUUAUGGACCAAGACAUUUCUGGAGAUGCACUGGAGCAGUUCAAAUGUGAGAUUGAGAUCAUGUUGAGGUUAAGACAUCCAAAUGUUGUUCUCUUCAUGGGGGCUGUUACUCAUCCUCCAAAUCUCUCUAUACUUACAGAGUAUCUUCCAAGGGGAAGCUUGUACAAGCUGCUGCAUCGGUCGGGUAACCAACUGGACGAAAGGAGGCGAAUGAAAAUGGCUCUUGAUGUGGCAAAAGGAAUGAACUACUUGCAUACAAGCAAUCCUGUUGUUGUACACAGAGAUUUGAAGACUCCAAACCUUCUUGUGGACAACAAUUGGGUGGUUAAGGUGUGUGACUUUGGAUUGUCACGUAUAAAGCAUCACACAUUCUUGUCAUCCAAGUCAUCUGCUGGAACGCCUGAGUGGAUGGCACCAGAAGUUUUGAGGAACGAACAAUCAAACGAGAAGUCAGAUGUGUAUAGUUUUGGUGUGAUAUUGUGGGAGCUUGCAACUCUUCGUGUACCUUGGUCCGGUAUGAACCCAAUGCAAGUUGUUGGAGCAGUUGGAUUUCAGAAUAAGCACCUAGCGAUAACCCAAGAUAUUGAUCCAACUGCAGCCACCAUUAUCCUCGAUUGUUGGCAACCGGAUCCUCAAUCGAGGCCUUGUUUUGGCGAGCUUCUUUCACGUCUAAAACAACUUAAACAUCUUCAAGUUUCAUCAUCAUCAUCUACAGAAAGAAUUAGAAGCGCGGGCAUGUUUUCUAAUUGAACUGAAAUAGGAUGACGAAACAAAAAAAGGUCGUUAUGGCUCAAAGAGCCAAAACGAAUGCGAGUUAAUUGGCAAUGAUGGGAAAAAGGUUUGUAGCUGUUUAAACUAUUAUAGUAAUACAUAAAAAAAAAUUGAAGAGAAAAAAAGAAGUGGGGAUUGGGAAAAUUGUGUUAGUUUCUUCAAAGGAAGAGACUUCUUUCUAAUAAUAAUCCCAUGAAAAAAAAAUUAGCAUUGUUAGUCUUCUUCUUCUUCUUCUAAGACUUGCUCUUAUUUAAGUAAGAAAUCAAAAGUGGGAAAAUGAGUUUUAAUUUUUUUUUUUGGGUUUAAAUUGGCAAGUGUAUAGCAAGAAGAAUUGAAAAAAAAAAUGUGAAAUGUUUGUAGAAGGAAUAUGAGUACUAACUUCUCCAUUGAAAAAAGAUCUUUGGUGAAGGUUUAAUAUUAUUAUUAUUAUUAUCUACAGCUCCAUAAUUGUGUA